GAACGACAGGGCUGAAACUCUAUCGACGCGCAGGUGCUCACUGCCGCAAUGCUGAGUUGAGCACGGCCUGCGUCAAGGACUCAAGGCUUGCUAGCACCUGUGACGCCUCUUCAAGUAGUCGAUCCCUUGCUCGCCAGUCUUUGGUGUGUCGCAGGGCACUUGCUGUGUCUCACGACAUAGACACAGGCAGCCGCAAUCAUGGCCACUUCGGCUUUGGAUAUUCUGCGACGGGACGUUUCGCGCGAGCGACGCAUAAGCAGCGCCCGAGGUUCUGCCAGCUCUGCUGGAACUGGCGUGACCACAACUGCUUCGAUUCGCACGAGUCGCCGUGGGCCCACCAAGCGUGAUCGCUACGUUCAACAGCUUCUGCGCCACAACGAUGCGUAUCCCGUCCGACUGCGCAUCCGCCUCGAGUUUGAGGUGCCGGCUGCGGCCCCCGAUGAGCUCGAGCAGGCAGACGCCGACUUGGCCAAUGACCCCGCUGGUUUGGAUGCAACGGCCUGGCGACGCCGGUCAACCCUCUAUGCCUUCGACGAGGCUCAGCCGGGUCGUGAUUCGGUCAUGUCCAUGGCUCCCUCUGGCGGGGGUGCCGCCGGUGGCAAGCCCAAUCGCUUGACAUCCCGGUCCAGUUACAUUCACUAUGAGUUCACUGCACCUCACGACGAGCGUCCCACCAAAGCCGACGUCGUUGUUCAUUUCAACGGCGCGAAAGCAUUUUCUGACAACGAGGCCCGCACUGCCGGGUUUACCCGCCUGCCUGGCGAUCAAGUUUUGCGCGCCUAUUGGGAACACCAUUUUGACAUGGCAGUCACACCCGCACUCAUCGAAGAGCUGUACCGCGAUGGCCUCUCUUUCAAAAUCUGGGACACCCGCGAUAAAGUGGCCUCGCGGGCUCGUUUCGAUCGUCCACGCGGUGGUGGCCAAUCUCACAUGCACGGAACCUUGCAGCGCAUCCAAGAGCACCGCACACCUGGCCCACAAGAGAGGAGUGGAGACCCCACCUCUGCCGCCAACCUCACCGCUUCUGCCGCGGCCAAGCUCACGUCGGCAUCUGCUCUCUCAGCCCUUGACCUGAAGCGAGCGCCGCGCAACAUGGCCAGUGAGGAUGGUUCAGGCGCAUUGCUAUGGGUUGACCUUUCCACACUUUUUGGUGGCGAGCUGAGCACUGAGACUAUUCUCGAGGAUAUUGACGAGACUGGUCUCAAGCGGCUGCUCAGCCUGCGCGUGCGUGUGAGCGUGGACCAACCCAUCCUCAACCCAGAGCAAACAGUUCUGAUGAACCCUUUAACCUUCACUGUCAAGCACGCGGGUGACCUGCCGCGUUCCCCCACCCCCUUCAGUGAACUGGACCGACGCUGUCGGCCAACUUCCCUGAAGUUUCGCUUCUUCGGCCAACAGCGAUGGCAGUCCUGGACGUGCGAUGGUCCCCAUGGCCCUACGGCCGUGUGGGAGCGCAGCUUUGUGGUUCUAACCGGGCUAUUGGAUCGCUCCGACUUUGCCGAUUGCAAUCCCUCGAGAACAAUUGAGGUCAAAGGGACGCUUGAUCCUAAUCCGUUGAAUGUGCCUGUAGGGCUGGUCAAUGGCGGUGGACUCAAGCUUCAAGUGCAUGAUCGUGAUCGCUUGCCCAAGCCUGGUUGGGACGGUGGCAUUGAGGACGAAGACUUUAGUGACUACAAUGCUGUCGGCCGAAAGCUCAAAUCGGCCGAGCAGGCAGCAUCAGAGCUGUGGGAUCCGUACGGCGUUGCUUCAGUCGACCUCUCCCCCAUCAUGCAUGGCACGUUGGCGUGCUCAUCCUGCUCUGCCCGUGCAUUUGUCUCUUUACCACGCGUCAAACAAUUACAAUUGACAGUCCCUGUCUUGCCGUGCGAGGAGCGUGAGCGCGCCCAGUUCUCGGAGACUGGGCAGCAGCAGGAGAGUGCUAUGCAUCCAGGACAUUACGUGGCAGCAGGAACCUACCUUGAUGUAUCUGUCAGCUUGGCGCAUGCUCGACGUUUUGAUGUGGAUGUGGAUAUGGACUUUAUGCUGGUUCGAACGGGCGUCAUGACGGACAAGGAGAUUCGCAAGCGUCGUGCCAAGCGGGCCACUAUGACGCCCGAGCCGCAGCGCCUGCCCAACCCGAUGAGCCCGCGCGCCAACAUGAAUCGUGCUCGACCCACGGACGACAAGCGAGGUUCAUUUAUGAAUCUGCGUGUGCCCACGGCAACAGGAACUGCGGUACUCAAUCAGCGCCGGCGGCCCUUCACUUUACUCGUGGCACGGAUGGCACCGCACAUGGUUGGCUUUGCGGGCAAACUGCGCUCGGCCGUCAUCAAGUGCAACGCGCGGGCCUUGAAUGUGUCAGCGCACGACGUCAAUGAGCUGAACCUCGUCCUUGGGGCUUAUGUGCUUCAGGAGUGGCAGAGUCAUGAUGUGGACUUGGAUCUCAUAACGGGGUUUGAAUUUGUGCUGCCUGAGGGUCGUCUCAUUGUGCUGGAGGGCCUUCUGGAUGGUGCCAUGUCCACCAUCUUGAAUCAAGCUGGCUGGCCCGAGGGCGCCACUGUGAAGGAUAUGCGUAUUCUCUUUAAUACAAGCGUCACUGCUGCUGAGCGGCGGUACGGCGCCUUGGGUGCCCACCUGCAGCGCAUCACGUUGGACAAGUCGAUGCACGAGGUUCUGACGCGACAGGAGCUUUAUUUUCAAGGCCACGCUCUAAACACGUGCCUGAGUGGCCUCUGUUGUGUUCAGGAGCUGUUUCGCUUGAAUCGUCUUGCCGAGGCGCUGCGGUGCGCAUACUUUCCAUCCGUGCCCUCUCUUCUUGCCAUCAAGCACGAGUUGGCUGUUGUGGACGAGCCCAUGCGAAUGCCCUGGCCCCCAGAGGCAGAGGCAGCAGCAGCCACUGUCGAGGCAACCUCACAGUCAUACUUCAGCCCACGACAUCGCUCCCGCCAAAAGGCGGCGCUGGACAUGGCAGUACCCGUCUCACUGUGUGAGGCGGGGCGAUCGGCAUCGUCUCCAAAUUUUGCGCUUCAAAACCGCACCUCGAUCGAGCGCCAGUCACAACGAAACCGUGAAAUUCGUGAGCGAGAGCAGGCACAAGGCAUGAUUUACGAUCCUCUCUCAGCCACUAUACGCCCUGCCUCACAGCCGGCCGGACAGCAUCAAAGUGCCCCCACUUCACGGCCUGCGACGAGCGAUCAGGGGACCAGUCAGCACUUGCAGCGUACCCUGCGCGAGGAGCACCGCAAGUCUUGGCGCACCAAGGAGGGGUUCAAUACGCUGACCGGUCCGGGCACGGGCAGCGCCCUUCCUGCGCCUUCGCCUGCAUCUGCACUGCGAAGUGCUGAACCUUUUGAUGAGCGCUUCCUAAACCAGCCAGCCGUGACAACUGGGCGCAGAUCCAUGCCUUGGCAUGAGCGCCAUAAGGACAUGCAACACGGCCGGCCGACACAGUUGUUCAGCAAGAACGACGCGACGCUGUCGGUCGGAGAGACAGAGGAGGACAAGUGGCUUGCCAAACAGCAGGAGGACGAGCGCUGGCGAGCCAAGCUGGUGGUGACUGAUCCCAAGUUCCAUGCACACCAUCCUGCUCGCCGCACGUCCCAGGUGAGGCUUUGCUGUCAUAUUGUUGGAAUGCGUUUUCUCUCUGUCUCUUUGUGUGUAUCCUAUCCCUCUCCGUAUGUGUGUGUAUCCUAUCCCUCUCCGUAUGUGUGUGUAUCCUAUCCCUCUCCGUAUGUGUGUGUGUGUGUGUGUGUGUGUGUCCGGUGCUCACUUGACGCUCUGGACCGCCUCAACGACUUGUUGGCGGACCGCCCGCAGCGACGAUCACUUCGCUUGAGUUCGACCCAGUUUGCCCAGCCCAUUAGCAUGGACCUGCAUGAACCCUAUCACGAGCGCCGAGCGUCGGCCUUGACCCUGGGAGAUGACGGCCGUGCCGUCAAUGGCCCUGUGCCUAUAACCGAUUUUGCAUAAAUACUGCUUGCUCGUGGGGAAGCAAACUCUUUCCUGGUUUUUGUGCUUGCAUUGUGUGAGUCCCUGCUGAAGAUCUUCCUUCACAUGCUGCCAUUGUAACUCGACUAUGUCCUCAGGCCAGCCAGCCAGCCCCUCAACAUCAUCAUCAUUAAAUCUUUUAAAGUCAUGUCAAUCCAAAAAAAGAUGAC